AUGUACCCAUCGAGAAGCAAAGUGACGACUGCAUGUCGUAACUGUAAAGAGAAGAAAAUAAAAUGUAGUGGCCCUCCCGUGUGUGACAGAUGCCAGGAGAAAAAUAGAAAUUGCGAUUUUAUCCCGGUACAAAAGAAACGAGGCCCCCGUCCGAAAUUGAAGCCAGAGAUUGUAGAAUCUCCUAAAAAUCGACUUCUCGGGCACCAUCCUUAUAUUGAGCUUCCAUUCUCUUCAGAUAAUGAGAAGAGUCGAGAACUAUACCACACUAAUGAAACCGCUCACGUUAUUAACGUGGAAAAUAGUAUUGACAGGGAGAUUAAGGACAAUGAAGUAAAGUCACGUGAAGAUAAUGGAAUAAGCAACCAUUUGCAUUAUCCAUCCUGUGAUCAUAUGAUCUGGCCGUUCGUAAGCCAUGAGAAGAACUGUGAAACUAUUCAUGGAUUAUCUCAAGUUCCUCAACUCAUGAAUAAUCCGCGUGAAACAUUUUCCAUAAGCGAACCUCGAUCGCGUACAGAGAAUUUAACAAAAAAAACCAAAAGAUCAAAUUUGUCUAAUCCCAAACCAAAAUUAAACAAUAAAUUUCUGAAUUCCACCAUCGCAUCAUUUAAUUCAUUUUCUUCGACUCCAAUGUCUUCGUUCCACACGAAUAUCAUAAACCCACCAAUUCUAUCAAAAAUUCAAUCGGAGUUUCUAAUCAAAUUUUACUUCACUCGUCUACACGAGUGGACUCCGGUGCUAAACCAACUAGUUUUUUUGGCCCAAUAUUAUUCAGCCUCUAGCCAACCAUCAGCGGCAGUUCUCUACGCCAUAUAUUCGGCCGUCGUCGGUUACAUAAAAUCCCAUGGAACCGAAAUGCUUGGUCACAACAUUCCGAUGAACGUUGGGUUAUACGUUGAAUUCACAAAAUGUUUUUUGACGGAAGAAUAUCAAAAUGGAGGUGGAACUCUACUGGAGAAAUUUCAGGCCAGCUGUAUCUUAUAUUGGUGCGUAUGGUUGGGAUAUCUUGACAAAGAUCACCGAACAUAUUUGGGAACAGGAACUCUUUCGGCGAGCCUAUUGGAAAAAACUUACAACGUGACAUACGAAGAUAUUCUUCGGUGUCAACACGGCCUGGAUCAAGUUUAUACCAUCCACAGUAGUACGAUAGCUGAAUUCCAAAUUUUGAUUCGUAGUUAUAAAAUUAUUCAAUCAAUUCGUAACGAUGAAAAAAUACCGAUGACUCUAGUUAACAGAAAGACAAUACCAGAAGUGUGUGUUCCCGGUUCGAAACAAUCAAAAAAAAUCCAACUUUCCUACGUCUAUCAUGACAUGGUGUCAAUCCUAUUAUACACGAAUAUAAGCAAGAGUGCUCAUGAAGAGUUAAUCAAACACAUUGCGAUUAACGCGCUUCAACUUUCCGAAAGUGAAGAAUUGGUGCCUUACUCAUGUUUGUAUUUUUUUUGCUUAAGGAAAACAACCGAAUUUCACAUGAUGAAUUCCAAGUUGGAAUCAGUGCCCCUGUGUGAAAACCGUCCCGACGACGACACCUUUGAUCAAAAAAGAACGAAAUUGGCAAAGGGGUUACUUGCUAACGCGCUAUAUAUUUUAACAAAACACGGUUAUAAUUACUUCCUUAACAGAAUUUCGCGCAAAAGUUUUGAAUUUUGGAUUUCUUUUUGUGCUUCAGAGAAUGUAGACCUAAAUAAGAAUUCGAAAUUACCAGAGGAACGUAGAUCGUUGAUAUUGAACUUGCGCGACAUUAAUGGAAUGAUAGAUCUUUUCGAAUUGGUAGAUUCGCCUAACAAUUUCUCCAUGCAUUAUGAUGAAACUUCUCCAACCCGUUACUUCGAUGACGGGCAAUAUCAAACUCAAACACUUCUCUCCCCAUUUUCUUAUGGAGAAGUGACAUAUCCCGAAAGCCUUAUGGACAAUAAUCUACUACUAUUCGAAUCGAUGAACGUCCAUCCUUGCCAACAUCAACUUGAAUUUUGCUUUAUGGAUUUCGCAAUUUCAGCAACGGAUAAUGCUUGA